AUGCAGACGAAAACAUCAACAAAGCCAAAUUGCAGAAGAGCGUCAAAGACAAAGAAUGGUCCUAAUCCACGGUCUCGCUCGGGUUGUGUUACUUGCAAGGCUAAGCAUACAAAAUGCGAUGAGACAAGACCUGAGUGUCUGAGAUGUAUUCGAAAAGGUGUCAAAUGCGGUGGUUACUGGAAAGAGUUUAAAUGGUCGUUCAAGCAUCAACCAGGCGAGGUAAACUUCGAGUUCGCGGCCCCAGCUUCACCAACCUCUUCGCGAAGAAGUUCGACUAUUCAACCCGAACCGUCAUUCGUAGCGACACCUUCGGCGGUAUUCGACAUCCCACUAGAGCCACUUGCUCCAGCGCUGGCUGAGGAGUUGCCUAUUGAGGAUAACACUUCAAUUCUUGGUGACGCGAGCUGGACUACGAGUUCUUGUACCGAGUCGGAUAUCUUUGCACGGUCGAAUUCCAUUGUUGAAGAGAAUACAAGCGAUAUGACGGUUCAGAAUGUCGAAAUGACUUCUCAGGCUCUUACACAGACGAAUGAAUCUCAAUAUUUCGAGGGAACGCCGCUCACUGUUGGACUUAUAACCGACACUUCGUCCCUCCUCAUCAGCAACUGGUUCGAGCAAGUCUGCACGUUAUGGUCUGGUUUCGACUCAGACUUUAACCUCAAUCGGAAACUCGCUCUCGAGCUAUGUACGAGUUCUCAAUCUGUGUUUAGUUCAUUACAGAGCAUGUCUGCUGGAUUCUUAUCUACGCGAUUACCGCACAUGAAGCAAUCGGCUAUGUAUUUCCUGCAAGCAGCUACUGGAUCAGUGCUUUCAGAAGCUGAAGAGAUUAUCCAGAACCCAGCUGCGGAUAAUAUGCCCGCUGGCGCAUUAUUCUCGCUGUUUUGUCUGGGAACGACGGUGUGUUGGGUCGAUGCUCGACAACUAGGCCUACCAUUCUUCCGAUCAGCUCGCAAGAUCUUGAACCGCCUUAACCGACGUAUUUCAUCUCUCUCAGCAAAAGACCUGGAACUCUUAUCAUAUUUCAACAGGAGUCUAACAUACUGCGAAAUGCUCCUUGCCGCAGUUCACCAAGACGAUACAGCUCUCGACACCGACGAUCCAGUCACAGGCCCUCAAACCGAUUCCUCAAUGCAACUAGCCGAGCGAUACGUGGACAACUCACCGCACCCGUGGACUGGCAUUUCCCCGCUCGCUUCUCAGCUCUUCGCACAAGCGAUAAGGCUCUGCCGAAGCUUCCGACGCAAUCUCAAACUGCCCAAAGAAACAGGGCGGGAUUUCCAGCGCGCUUUGGAGGAGAUCCAAGAGGCGCAACGGUUGGAGGAGAAGCUCCUGGGGCUUGAGUUCCAGAAUACCCUUUGUGUUGCUAACACGGGAGAUUAUCGAACGCCGUCGCUUCAUCUUGCGCAGGUCGCUGAGGCUUAUAAACUUGCUGCGUUGCUGCAGCUGUAUCAGACUUUCCCUGAUCUGGUGGCUUUACGACUACCGACUGAUUCUGUGCAUGCGAAUAGUCGACAUAUUCCUUGGGAGGAGUGGAUUAUCCCGUUGAGUCUUCGCCUUGUUAAUGUUUUGGAGCAUAUUCCGCCCAACUCUGGCACACGCUGUAUCCAACCGUUGCUAUACAUCACCGCGAGUACUGGUCUUCGCUACGAUACUACAACGAUGCUCGACAUUUCUACCUCUUCGUUCGAUGCAGCCAUCGGCUCGUCAAGCUUCCAGACAGAUCCCUUCUCUAUGGACAUGCUGGGCACUUCACCGCCACCUGCCAACUUAAUAUCCCGCAUGUCGCUCGAUAUUAGCAACGCUCGGCAUUUCAUCACCGGUCGGCUGAACAUGUUGGAGAGCAGUUUACCGCCGAAACCGGUUAUGAUGGCGAAGGAGCUGAUCAAGGCUAUAUGGGACGCUUAUGAUAGCGAAGCACCUGGGUCGGCUUCGGUGCAUUGGGUGGAUGUGAUGGAGGAUAACAACUUGAGAUCAAUGUUUGGGUAG